AUGGCCUCCCUGCUGACUGGACUCUGGCAGCUAGUUAUUUCUGUGGUUGUCCUGUCUCAGCUCUCGGCAACGUUUCCUGCUCUGGAGAGGGCUCAGAGACAUGCCGACGGGGUAUUUAACAGUGAACUCAGCAAGAUGAAUGAAAAUGCCUAUGUGCAGAAGUUAGUCAAAUCUCUCGUGGGCCUCAAUCAAAGGUACCAGAGGCACUCUGAUGGCAUGUUCACCAGCGAACUCAGCAAGAUGAGAGGAAACGCUCAGGUUCAGAAACUAAUCAAGUCUCUGGUGGGCUACAAGCGCAGUAGUGUCCCCGAAUCAUCUGGACUGAAGGAGCAGGUGGAAGACUCUGGCUUUAUUGAUCAUGCUGAAAAUGACUUGGGCUCCAAAGAGAAGCUCACUAAACUAAAGGCUUUCCUGCACCACGUACAGAAUCUCAGAGGAAGCUUCUAUGUUCAGCUGUCCGCGGCAGCGCAGCUUUUGGUCUUCCGGCUGAAGACAGAAGCUGCCACUGAAUUGCCAGCCCACCGCGGAAAACGCACAUGCCCGCCCUAA